CUCCACCAAUGGCGAGGCGGUUGCCAUGGCAACGGCGUGGCGGCGCUAGCCAAUGGGGAGGGGCGGCAUUGGACAGAAGGCCUGACAGGGCUGAGGCCGCCCGGAGGCAGCGGCCGCCGGGAUGGCCUCCGGCUUCAAGAAGCCGCCGCUGGCGGCCGCGGCCCAGCGGAAGAAGGCGAGCCCCAAGCUGGAGCUGACGGAGGAGCAGCGGCAGGAGGUGCGCGAGGCCUUCGACCUCUUCGACGCGGACGGCGCCGGGAGCAUCGACGUCAAGGAGCUGAAGGUGGCCAUGAGAGCACUAGGGUUUGAACCUAAAAAAGAAGAGAUCAAGAAAAUGAUAUCAGAUAUCGAUAAGGAAGGAACCGGAAAAAUCAGUUUCAAUGACUUCUUGGCGGUGAUGACGCAGAAAAUGGCUGAAAAAGAUUCCAAAGAGGAGAUUCUCAAAGCUUUCAAACUCUUCGAUGAUGAUGAAACUGGCAAAAUCUCCUUCAAAAACCUCAAACGUGUAGCCAAGGAGCUGGGCGAAAAUCUCACAGAUGAAGAGCUGCAGGAAAUGAUUGAUGAAGCUGAUAGAGAUGGGGAUGGGGAAGUGAACGAGCAAGAAUUCUUGCGGAUCAUGAAGAAGACCAGCCUUUACUGAAACUGAAUUUUAUUUCUUUUUGCACAUGUGCGUAUGUGUUUGGUAGGUGCCUCUUUUUUUUUUUCCAGCCUUUUAUUUCUUUUGAGAGACCAGAAAAAUUGGGUCAAUACUUUCUUUUAAGCGGAUGGUCUUAAAUUUGUAUUUGUGAACAGUUACCAACUGCUAAUCUGUUUACAUGUCACAACAUAGUUGCUUGGUUUUGCUCCUAAGAUGUUUACACUGUUCAUGUUGGAUACACAAAUCACAUUUUUCAGUGAUAGCAUUCAGUUCCGUAUCUGACUAAAAACCACAUGUCAAAUGAUUUAGUUGGUACAGAGAAGACUCAAAACCAGAAAGUGUAAAGCUGUAGUUAGCAGCAGUUGAAGUUUCUGGUUUAAUGUCUUGGUGUAGGCCCAGUUACAGUGAGCUCUUUAUAUGACAUAUUUAUGGGGAUCAGCUUUUUUUUACUUAUGGUGAUUAUUCCCUCCCCCUUUUUUAGAAUGCCCUUUAAACUGAAAAAGUAAGUAAAUAGACUGCUGCAACUUAACUUACUGCUAUUCAGUUCACAUAUUUAAAAAAAUGUUUUUGCAAAAGAGGAAUGUUGCCAAUGCUGAUGAUCUGUAUGUUUACAGGAAUAUUCAGUGGCUGCAAAUAUAAGAUUGUACUUAAAAUAAAGUGUCUUAUUUUAAGCCAU